AUGGAAAUAUCAGAACCCACCAAAGUAGUAUUUUACGUUAGCCGAAUAUUUGGACUAGCACCCUACGUAGUUAGGCGUACAUCCAAAGGACAAAUAGUGGACUACAAGCGAAAUGUGUUUCUGAUCAUUUACAGUGUGUGUCUUGUGUUUUGUUUAGCUGGCCUCACGUACAAAGGAAUAUUUUUCGAUGUUACUUCCAAAAAGCCCAUACGAAUGAAAACGGCAACAUCGAAGGUUGUUACUAUUCUGGACGUUUCGGUAGUAGUGUCUGCUUGCAUCUGUGGCUCACUCAGUGGAAUAUGGGGACUGCAUUUUGUGCGUGAGCUUAACCGACGUCUUACCGAGGCCGAUGAUAUAUUAUCCUUGUAUGUGAAAGAAUGCAAUCGAAACCAGAGACAAAGAAAGAAAGGUAUUCUCAUGCUGGGGCUAGUCUGCUUUAUCAUCACUGGAGCCCUCUCUCUAGAUAUAUGGGUUUGGUAUCGAAUAGCCGACAAAAUAAAGAAAGAAAACAGCAAUUCAAGUGCGAAUGUGCUCGGCUACUUCCCAUUUUACUGUCUGUACUACAUCCUGAUGAUGUUCCAUGUGCUAUUUGCACAAGCUGCCCUCGGAAUUGGCAAUCGGUAUCGUCAUUUGAAUGUGGCACUCUAUGAAAUGUUUCCCGAAUUUUACAGAACGCCCCUCAUCGAAAUCUCGUCCAUUUCAUCGAUCAAUUUAGAGCAGGAGAAAAAUGUUUCGAUCGACAUUGAUAUAAGGAAAUGUGUUGCCAGUGUGACACACGGAUUCCAAAGAAAGCGAAGCUCUACAUCGAAGAAAAUAAUAGAAGAUCUGGCCGAAAUACAUGCUUCCCUGUCGUACUGCAUUGUUCUCGUCUCAAAGACCUUUGGAAUUGCUUUGCUCGCCGUGCUUGGUUCCUGUCUGUUGCAUUUGGUCGCCACAUCUUACUUUUUAAUGGUGGAAUUAGUUGGAGAUAAGGACGCCGUAUUUGCAUGGAUCCAGGCAUUAUGGUUGUUUAUACAUAUUUUUCGAUUCCUGCUUACCAUUGAGCCAUGUCACAUAACAAACGUCGAGUCAAAUCGGACCAUUACUAUCAUUAGCAACUUGAGAAGAUCCUGCAGGGAUGCUGAGCUGAUUGACAGUAUUAACAUGUUUUGGCAACAGUUAAUAGCGAGCAAUUUUUCAUUCACUGCUUGUGGACUUUGCACAAUCGACAGGCGUAUUAUUACUUCGUACUGUGGAGCUAUUGCCACCUACUUGGUCAUUUUGAUACAGUUCAAGGAAGCAGAUGACAAUUCCGGGAGACUACCGCAUUAA